CAGCGGUGGCGCUCUCUACGAAGAUUUUCAGUUUUGUAAAGAUUUUUGAGGCGGAGGUUGUGCGGGAUUUUAUAUAUUUUUUGUAUUGGGAAAUGCAAUAUUUUUCCUAUUACAACUCGAGUUAUUGGACGUUUUAUGACAUAAUUAAUUUAUGAUACCAUAACUGUGCUGAGUUGCCGUUUAUUCUAAGUGGAUUGUUUGUGACAGUGUGUUUUAUUUGCGUAGAAUUUUAGUUGGUGUGGUUGUGCAAGGAUUUGUCCCUUUGGCUUUUGAUUUCGUGCGUUCCACAUCUUAUGAGAUUCAAGAGGUUGAUUGAAGAUUUUUAUCGCUGUGUGAUGAGUACCCGAUGAGGCGGCGUGGAAGUCAGUCAUGACGUCGUGAGUUCGUUGUAUACUCUGGUUAUUGCGGUGACUAGGUGAUAAGUCGCGAUGGGCGCGUCGGGCGUCUCGGACGAGUACACGCCGCCGCGUCUCUCGCGGCUGCUGCACUCUGUGCCCCACAUCAACGUCACCCUGCACAGAGUCAACGACACCUUCGCGCCCAACUCGCCGGUCUACCUCGAGAGUUUGGGUAUAAUCGGAACGAUACCUGGUGCUUGGCUGAUCCUGACCAUGUUGGUGCUUCUCAUCUACCUGAUGACGAGGUGUUGCGACAGGAAAGACAGGCCGCCAAGGAGUAUCACUGCUUUGAAGAUCACCCUCAUGGUCCUAUCCGUGCUCUGCUGCGGCGCCAUCGGCGUCGGUCUGUUCGGCAACGACGAUCUCCACAACGCAAUGCUGCAGAGCAUCCAGGCUGGCAAUCAGCUGGCCGCCCUCGUCAACACUGUCAAAAACCAGUCGAGCAUUCUAGAAGAGACGAUGGGUUCCCGCGCCCGCGCACCGCUCGCGCGAUUGGCGGACGCGUUGGACAUGCCCGUGGCCAAUCAGACGGCGCUGGGCACGCUGCUGCGCGCGUUGUCCACGCUGAGGAACAACGCCAGCGUGGCGGUGUCCGCCGCGGAUAAUUUGAGGAGGCCGCUGGCGGCGCUUAAUUUGGAUGCGUUUAUGAAGCGUCUAUGGGUGUGGGAGGCGGCUCGCUGGGCGGGCGGCAUGGCGGGCUGGUGCUGCGGCGGCGCCGUGUGCGUGGCGCUGCUCGCCGCCGCCGCGCGCCGCUCCCGCCGCGCGCUGCUUCUGCUCUGUGUGGGCGCGAUCCUGACGCUGGUGGCGUGCUGGCUGGGCACGGCGCUGCUGCUGACGCUGUCGGUGGCGGCGGCCGACGCCUGCCAGGACCCCGCGCGCGCGCUCGCGCUGCACGCGCACCACGGCCUGCCCGCCGACAUGGUGCACUACUACUUAUCUUGCAAAGUGUCCCGCGAGAACGUGCUGACGGCGGAGCUUCGUAACGCCCAACGCGCUGUAGUCGCCGUCAGACAGGCCCUAGCCGUACUUUCUCGAGGCGCGCCGCAGCUUUUCAAUGACCCUGUGCUGCAACCGACCCUGGGCGCUCUGAACGCCGGUACCGGCGAAGCGGAGAGGGCGCUAGUGUCGCUGAGCGGCGCGCUGGAGUGCCGUAUGGCGCGCUCGUACUUCGUGACCGGCGCGCGCGCAGCCUGCGACAGCGGCCUCCAGGCUCUAUCGCUUCAACUGUUGGCGGCGGUGGCGGCCGGCUUCCUGUUCACGGCCAUCGUGCUAGUCGACUCGCACGCUUGGAUCUAUAUUAAUACCAAACGUAGCGGCACUGGCGAGGAACAAGCGCCGUUCCUGUCGUCGGGCGCCAGCAGCGCGGCGAGCCGCUCGCUGCCGCGGCCGGCGCCGUUCCCCAACGGGAAGCCGCCCUCCUACAGCGCCGCCGUUCAGCUCAUGGACCUGGCGGAGAGGGAACGACCCAGCCCUGUCUCCAGGGCCCGCAUGUCUGGCAGCGCGACUCUGGGGCGGGGCGUAUCCGCGGCCGGGGGAGGGGGGGCGGCGCUCGGCGGCAGCCACACGCUGGGCCGGCCCGCCCACAACGGCAAGUACGCGACGCUCAGCAAGCAGUGCAAGACGCUGGAGAGCAACGACUUCUACUGAGAACGGCCCGGGGGCGCGCUGAACGAACAUAACGCAGGUCAAGGCGGUCGCGCGACCAGCCUGAACCGCUUCGAUCCGAAAUACGCGUCGUUCGGGCCGCGCGCGCCCCGCCCCCGCCCCCCCGCGCCCCCGCACCCCACGCACCUGGCCACGUUCUCCCCGGCGCCCGCCCCCGCCCCCGCCCAGGCCCCGGCCGCGCCCGCGCACGCGCAGGACAAGUACGCCACAGUGCGCCCCCCGCGGAGAGCCGAGCCCCAACCUCUGUCCGCCGCCGCGUUGGAAUACAGGUCCUUACAGAGACCGAGAAGGCAGCAACAGCCGAACACGGCAACACAGCACAGAAGGAGGCCGGAACGAACUCAACAGCAACAUCACGACCAGAGAGACCUGUACGCGGUCACUGAACUGUAAGGUUAGCCACUGACAUGAAUAAAAGUACGCUGGAUGUGCUAUAUGAAAAUGACAGAUACUUUCGACAUUCACAGCGCUAUUCUAUCGGGUGUCCUACUGAAAACGUUUGGUGUUGAAAUGAAAUGACAGGUUGCUUUGUGAAAUUUUGUGUUUGUAAUGUAAAAAUAACACUUGUGCUUUUUCCUGUUGGUUUUGUGAUAGUAAUCGAUGGAGAAUGUGUAAUUGUGUACGCUCUGAAAUUUGCUAUCAAAGAGGAAGCGAAACCCAAUGACACUCACCAAAAUGGCUAAAAUCAUUUUCACAUCUUCAAUAUGGAGUCCAGAGUAUAUUAUAGAGGUCAGUGAAACCCGCCAUUUCAAGCGCGCCGCCAUCUUGUUAACACUCGCGUGGUCACUAUGCUGAUCAUAGUUAGACAUGCAGAGUGUGAAUCGAACGAUAUCGACUACGAUGUUUACGAAUGAAUGAAUUUUGCUGGAUAAAAUUUAAAUAGAUGUGACUUUCUAAGUGUAACGAUGAUUGCACAAUAAACACACGAAUCGUUCAUUUGAUUGCUCAAUUUGUCAGUGAUUGAAUGGUGGUCUAAUUUUUAAUGUUUUUCGGAUAUUUUACUGAGAAAUAUGUAUAUUCGAGCACGAGCGUUUUUGCUAUUCUUUCUUACGUCAUAAGUUUUGAAACUAUGGCCUAUUUAUUAAAAGGUACCAAUGCAGUUUUAACGCGACCAUAUUUUUCGGUUGAAAACAUGUUUCCCAUGUGAAGUCCAUAAAAAGGCUGUGUUAAAAAGUAAAAGACCAAUAACGAUAUGUUUCGUUAUAACGAUUUGUAACUAGACUGCUCGUUGCAGAUUCUGACUGUACGUUUUUGACUCUAUUUUCGCUCAACUUAGGUUUAGGAUAACCUUAAAAAUGGAGAAUAGUGGUUAAGGAAUGGGUUGGUGAAAUGGCAGGUAAGUUAUAUUUUAUUAAUAUUAUUUGCAUUAAACGUUACUACACAUUUCAUGCGAUGCAUUUGUGUCUCAUGUCUUCUCUCUUAGGAAUCACUUAAAAAACUUUUAACGAAAUCUUUCCACUAGUUUGGGCUGGGCAUUUAAAAAUGCGUACACCAACUUUUCCUUUUCCAGUCUAGAUUAAAGAAACAACGAAAAUAACUAUUUCUUUUAACUUUUUUUACCUAAGAAAUGUGAAUAGAAUGGGUAAAAUAUAUUAAUGAUAUAUUGCCUGCCUGAUUGUCACCGCCUGUGGUUUGAUGAUAUAAUUGGAGAGAUGCCAAAUAUUAGAAAAUUUCAAUUUUUUGGCAUGUUCUUUAAAAUUCUUAAGAAGGCGCGAAGCCUAGGAGUAGACAUUCGAUUGUAACAGUUUAUAUGUACAUAAUAAUUAUAUAUAUAUAUGUAUACUAUAUACUAUUAUUUUAUAGUCUGCCUGUGUGAUUCAAGUUUUUAACUCAAUUUGUAUAUUUAAAUAGACCGCGAAAUAGUUGGAAAUCAUUUAAACAAAAUCUUUGUAGAUGAAUCUCUUUGGUAUUUGUAGUUUAGAAAUUAAUUUUAAUUAUAAUAUACUGUACAAAAUAUAGCUCAAGGCAGUUUUACUAGUAAAUAUAGCGUGGACCUAAUGUAUAUAAUAAGUUUUUAAUAUAUUAUGUAACUUAUUUUAUUUACAGAUAAUUUGUAAAGUUAAUUGUGAAUGAAAUAGUUUUUAAAAGCAUUCCAUGGUGUGUGAAUUAGAAAUGUGGAAUUGGUAGAAAGCAAUCUUAUAAUACCACGAUACUUAACCUUAAAUUUAUACUAAUAAGGUGCAAAACGAAACUGCCAUUCGAGCAAAUAAACAGAAUCUUUUAUAAAUAAAUUCUAGAUAUUAUAAUUAACGGAAAAGUACUGCUCUCUCUAUAACACCACAAAAAUGUAAUUGUAAAAUUUAAUAUAUUUUGGAAAGUGGUUAUGGAAACUUGCCUUCAAAUGUACUAUGAAGUCUUUAUUUUCCAGAUGACUGUUCUCCGUGAAUUAUCACUGCAUCAGUCUACUGUUUCUCUAUGUUAUAAUCUUGGAAUUCUUAUGUAAUUGAACUCUGUAUGAAACGAAUUAAACUUGAUUUAAAAUUACCAGUUAUAUCGUUUUCUAAGAUUAGUAACAUUUCUUGUGUUUAUAAGUUUCCAUGAUCACUUUUCCAAACGUUAUAAUCUUUCUAUAUGUAAUUUAGAACCUGAAUAAGAAUAUUUGGUACCAGUUUUUAAUCAUAUAGGCCCAGGCAAGAUAGAGUGAUUAACAUGCAAACUGUUUUUAAAAUGAAGGUCCUAGUACAGAGCCUUGAGGAACACCAACGUGUAUUGAAUACAAUUUAGUCUUAUAGCUGUUAUAUUCUACAUAAAAUGGGCAUGAAUAAUUAUGUUUGAAUUGAUGGAAAGAUGGGGCAAAGGUGUAAAUGUUAUAACACCAUGGGCAAUAUCUCUUUAUAUGUUCCACGCUAUCAAACGCCUUCGAAAUAUAUAUGUUUUAAUUUCCUCUAAAAAUGCAUUACCCAUUAAAUAUAUCGUCUUUUCUCUUUUGAUCUUCAGUGGUAUCAAUUUCACGUAUUAGUCACUCUGUCUGGUCAGGGUUAUAAUUGUGGUCGUUUUUUAUAAUUCAGUAUUAAAAUAGGGAAUUUGUGAGACUUUACAACGACGUUCGUACGUUUUUUAUGAUCAAUGUUAUUUUUGUUUCUCGUUAGUUCGGUACAGUAAGCAGUGUAUUCGCCAAAGAUAAUGCAUAAUUUAAUCUAAGUACGCCUAGCUAGUGUUAAGAUUAUUGUAAGGUUAGAUUUCCGCAUGCGCAAUGCGUGUUAUACAACAUCUAUAAUUGAUUUAUUCUUUUUUACCGCAGAUAUUUUUUUUAUCAUGUAUUGUAAAUUACAAUUAUUUGGGUUAAAAUUUUGAUGAUCGUAAAUUAUAUGUGCUGGUUGAAAAAGUUUCGACUCGCCUGUAUUUAUUGGAACAAGUAAUGUACUACCCCUUUUUGUUCAUUAAAGUGAUCUUAGUGGGCCUAAUUCCAGUACUUGUUUGAAAAAGUACUGAAAUUGAGUUUCUAGAUGCGGAUAAUUAAAAACAUAUUCUUUUAAGACAAGACACGACGAUAAGCACUUACUUUUCUUUUUUCAAAUAAAAAUGACCAGCACUCUGUUCAGUAUGUUAUCUUUACAUUGUAAGUUCACAAUUUUCAAUGUAACUUAUGCACUAUUUGUAAUCAUAGUUACACCACUGUAUAAUAUGUUAUGGUUCUUAAAAUGACAUCUCAUGGGCCCGAUGUUGUUUGUGAAACAAUCUUUUCCAUGCAAAUAAAUGUCAUGUUUCAAAUUGAUCCAUUUAUUUCGUAAAAUAUUUUGCAUGAGUUCUUAGUGCAGAAUUUGAGUUACCAAUCAUUAUAAUAUCGCAAAAUAAGAAUACCUACGCCUCAAUUCACAUAAUGUAUAAAUUUUCUCGAAGAUAAUCUUGCAUGAUGUAAUUCUAUUUAUAUUUUCCAUAUAAAAUAUGAUUAUUCAAAAUGUUCCGUUAAGUACACGUGUACCUAACAACAAGAUCGCUAAAAUUAUGUGCCAUAUUUUUAUUUAGCAUUGUUUUUGUUUCGAAAUUAACUUUAUUUAUUUUGCUUUUCAAGUCAAUUAUGGUGCGCCCGAGUAUGUCAACUUAUAAUGUAAACACGGUGAAAGGCACAUGGUUAAUCAAAAAUAUUUAUCAAUUCGAUGAAGUCCGAAAUAUUCUAUAAAAAAAUUGUAUAAAUCUUAAAAUUUAACUUAUAUAUUCCCUAUAUAUUUGUAGACGAGGCAAGUAAACGGGCAAGUAUUCGCCUGUUGUGAACUUGUAAUAAAGCACUACAUUACUUCUAAAACAAGCAUACAUACAGACGAAAAACGUCCUUUUUUGAAGCCGGUUAAAAAUAUUGACCAUGUGACCUUUGCAUUGCAAUCUUAUUACAUAGUACGGUGCGUUUUUAUUUCGUUUUUGUUGAUACCUUUUUGUUAUUUUUUUUUAAAUCGCAUCGUGCCGUGUAUUGAGAUAAUUAGUUCUAAGUCUCAUUUCGUGAUGUAUGAAGUGUAUAACGUAAAUUAUAAACGGUUGACGAAUAGGUCAAGUGUAUGAGUUUACAAUGAAACUAAUAAAUAA